UACAUUUAUUGAGCUAGAAUGAGUGACAGGAUCAAAUCGUUUAAAAACAAAAGCUGGGUAGACGCUGACGAUGCUAGACGCAGACGAAAAGAGGGAGCCGUCGAACUCAGAAAGGAAAAACGAAAUGAAAAUAUGCUAAAAAGGCGAAACAUUCCACUGGAGGACUUCAACAAUGAGACAGUUCCUGCAAGUGAUAACAAAGAUUUACAAUCAUUAGUACUUGAAGCUCAGAGUACAGAUCCAAAUGUAAAACUGAGCUGUGUUCAACAAGCCAGGAAAGAGUUAUCUAAGGGAAAUAACCCUCCAAUCGAUGAACUGAUCAGAGCUGGAAUUGUCCCAAUUCUAGUGGAAUGUCUUGAUGAUGACGAGAAUGCAGCCCUGCAGUUUGAAGCUACAUGGGCACUUACUAACAUCGCAUCUGGAAACUCUGACCAAACCCGUGAAGUCGUUUCAAAAGGAGCUGUACCUAAGUUUGUGAGACUGCUGGCUUCACCUCACGAACACGUAAGGGAGCAGAGCGUUUGGGCACUUGGUAACAUCAUAGGGGACGGUCCUGAGUGCAGAGAUUUCGUUAUUCACCACGGAGUUGUUGAUCCGGUCAUCUCAUUUGUUAAAGACACCACGCCGCUGACAUUCUUAAGAAACAUAGUGUGGGUCAUCGCUAACUUGUGUAGAAACAAAGACCCUCCACCAUCCUCGGAAGUUGUACAGAAAGUACUCCCAGCUCUGUUCAGUCUUGUACAGCACACCGACAACGAGGUGCUCACAGAUGCAUGCUGGGCACUGUCCUACCUGACUGACGGAGCUGAUGAUCAGAUCCAGAAUGUGUUGAACAGUGGAGUAGCUCCCUACCUGGUCCAACACCUCGGUCAAACUGACGUCAGAGUUCUCACUCCUGCUGUCAGGGCUGUCGGCAACAUCGUCACUGGAUCAGAGCACCAGACACAGGCAGCUCUAGAUUGUGGCUGUUUGUCCUUUUUCCCUGCCUUACUGCAACAUCACAAAGAGAGCAUAAAGAAGGAGGCAGUGUGGACUAUCUCCAACAUUACUGCUGGCACUAAAUCUCAAAUACAGGCUGUUAUCGAUCAUGGUCUUAUUCCUCUUGUUAUCAACGCUCUAGAAACGGGCGACUUCAACACGCAGAAGGAGGCAGCCUGGUCGGUUUCAAACAUGACAGUUAAUGGAACACCAGAGCAGAUAAAAUACCUCAUUGAACAACAAGCUGUGAGGAGCAUGUGUGCUCUGCUUGGAGUCAGAGAUCCCACGAUUGUUCAAGUGCUUCUGGACGGAUUGAACAACAUGCUGGAAACAUCAAAAGACGAAUGUGAGGAUAUCUGCAGAAUGAUAGAGGAUUGCGGAGGCCUUGACAGGAUAGAAGAAUUACAGAAACAUCAAAACAAGCAGAUUUACAAACUCGCAUUCGACAUAAUCGACAAAUUCUUCUCGUCCGAAGACUACCUCGAGAAUGAAGACGAGAAUUUCAAUUUCCAGAUAAAUUCCACCGAGCAGCAACUCGCUCCAGAGGGUGGCUUCAACUUUUGAUCAAGACAUUAUUUGCUUACUGACAUUUUCCAUUGGCCCCCCUGUUUCUUUAAUCGUUCUGAUCCGAUGGGAGUCGAUCGCUCGAUUUCGAUUUCCGUUUUUAUUAUUAACUUAUUUAUGGGUGGGGUAGCCGAAAAUCAGCGAGUUGAAUCUCAGCUGCUGGGUGAUGUCGAAAUGUCCCACACUGAAGGUGCUCUUGAUUGAUUUUCCGUCCUAUAAAUUGUUAUUUUUCUUCCUGUGGGUCACGAAAUUUGUACAAAUUUUCCGUGGAUUUUUUUUUCUUUUUAUGUCAACCCGAGUUUUAACAAUCUUCUAUUAACCAUUCGCACGUUGUGUUUUAAACAUUAACUAAAUUAAGAUAUUAACCCAAUAAUUUCUGUAACGAUUCGAGUGGGAACGAAAAUAUUUAAGAUUUGUGUGAGAGUAUUCGUUGCUUUCUUGUUGAGCAAAUUUAUUAUAUAUUUUGUAUUGUUGCAGCGUAUUUAAAUUUAGUCUGUGUGUAUUAAGAACUGCAAUCCGCAACAGAGCUCUUUGGAUGUAAUUUUAUUCCCGUUCUGCUAGACUGCCCAGUUUCGAAUUUAGGCAAAAAUUUUGUGAAUCUCAAUUUUAGCCACUAUACAUGGGAAACCGAAGCUCGUUCGCUUUUCAGUUGGGCCCUAUGGAUUUUUCCGCUUGACAUGCGUGUCCCUGUCACGAUGGAAUUCGAUCUCUUUGAUUUUUGUCUAACAACUGGAAGUGUACAACUGGGCAGUGCUACAUCUUAAUUAUAUACCGCCGAGAAAUAAUCUGUUUACCACACUGCACCCAAGUGGCAGUUUUAAUAGAUUACAUUUAUUUCCAAAUUCAUAAA